UUAGCGAGUGUAUGAAAAUAUAAAAACCCUAAAGAGAAACACCGCUUGAAAGGAAGCUAGGGUUUGCGCUUGCGCUUCGUUGCCGACUGCCCAGUAAAAGCCUCAGCAGAAACAGGGAAGUCUCACCACCACAGCCGUCACCAUGGGUCGCAUGCACAGUCGUGGUAAGGGUAUUUCUGCCUCAGCUCUGCCUUAUAAGAGAACCCCGCCAAGCUGGCUCAAGAUCUCUUCUCAAGAUGUUGAGGAAAACAUAUGCAAGUUUGCAAAAAAGGGUUUGACCCCCUCUCAGAUUGGUGUCAUUCUUCGUGAUUCCCAUGGUAUUGCUCAGGUUAAGAGCGUUACUGGAAGCAAGAUCUUGCGUAUCCUCAAGGCUCAUGGUCUUGCCCCUGAAAUUCCCGAGGAUUUGUACCACCUCAUCAAGAAGGCUGUUGCCAUCCGCAAGCAUUUGGAGAGAAACAGGAAGGACAAGGAUUCCAAGUUCAGGUUGAUUCUUGUUGAGAGCAGGAUUCACAGGCUUGCUCGCUACUACAAGAAAACCAAGAAGCUUCCUCCUGUCUGGAAAUACGAGUCUACAACUGCCAGCACUCUUGUUGCUUAGGUUGGGUGUGGGUUGGUGCAAUUUUGGGGUAUCCUGGUUCUGUGUGGAUGCUCUGAGUGAGCUAGAUUGUGUUCUUGUUCUAGUGAGAUAUGUCCUGAUGUAAGACUUUAUUCAUAUCUGUUAAAAAUUUUGUUAUGUCUGAAAAGAGUCCAGAACAUGUUUUUCUGCUGAUUCUACUCUA